UUAUCUUCAACACGACAUCCCUGCUGCUUCGCUAAACGACAUCGCCAGUUCGCUCUUUUCCUUUCAUUGACGACAUGCCCUUCUUCAUCUUCUCUUUUCUUCCUUAACACCCCACUGACAAGGAGAAAAAUACCCGUUGACUUUUACUCAUUCUUUUGUUUUGUUUUUGUUUUGCUUAACUAAGAACCCGAUUUGUUUGAACGAAAAUAGAGGCUGGGAAAAAUGGAACAAGGGUUGCUUGAUGAUAUCAUACAUCGGCUUUUGGAAGUUCGGGGUCGACCGGGGAAACAAGUGCAGCUAUCGGAAUCGGAGAUCCGACAAAUUUGUGUGGCUUCUAAAGAGAUUUUCUUACAACAGCCAAAUUUAUUGGAACUCGAAGCACCCAUCAAGAUUUGUGGUGACAUUCAUGGUCAAUAUUCUGAUCUUUUAAGGCUUUUUGAGUAUGGUGGGUUGCCUCCGAAUGCUAACUACUUGUUUUUGGGGGAUUAUGUUGAUCGAGGCAAGCAAAGUCUGGAGACAAUAUGUCUUCUUCUAUCUUACAAGAUAAAAUACCCUGAAAAUUUUUUCCUCUUGAGGGGUAACCAUGAAUGUGCUUCAAUCAACCGCAUAUACGGGUUCUAUGAUGAGUGUAAGAGAAGAUUUAAUGUUAGGCUUUGGAAGACAUUCACAGAAUGUUUUAACUGCCUACCGGUGGCAGCACUAAUUGAUGAGAAGAUUUUGUGCAUGCAUGGAGGCCUUUCUCCUGAUCUGAAUAAUUUGGAUCAUAUUAGAAAUUUACAUCGCCCUGCUGAUGUGCCGGACACAGGUUUGCUCUGUGAUCUUUUGUGGUCAGAUCCUUCUAAAGAUGUUCAAGGUUGGGGAAUGAAUGACAGGGGAGUUUCAUUUACUUUUGGUCCUGACAAAGUGUCUGAGUUUCUUCGGAAACAUGAUCUGGAUCUCAUUUGCCGUGCUCACCAGGUUGUGGAGGAUGGCUAUGAGUUCUUUGCCGACCGACAACUUGUAACAAUAUUUUCAGCACCUAAUUAUUGUGGGGAGUUUGAUAAUGCUGGAGCCAUGAUGAGUGUGGAUGAGACUUUGAUGUGCUCCUUUCAAAUAUUGAAGCCUGCUGAAAAGAAGUCAAAGUUUAACUUAGGAAGCACAACCACAGCAAAGCCCGGGAACUCUCCAGAAGGAGUCAAGUCAUUCCUUGGUACAAAGGUUUGAAAGCAGCAUUUUCAGGACAGAAGGUGGAGCCGAGAUACACGAUGAUGAACGCACUGCAAUUCACAGUUAAGAAAAGAAAACUCGAGCAUUUCGAUUUCCAAUAUAAUAUGCUUAAAAUUGUAAAGAAUUUGAAGAGAAAUAUCAUUAGAAACUAAUGGAAAAGAUUGUUUCUCUGACAUAAUUUUGGGUUUAAGGUAGAAAAAAGGUUGGAAUUUCCUUUCUUCCUCCUUGUACACUAAUGGCGGCCACAGUUGCUGCUAUAUAAUUAUUGGCUUUGUUGGGAUUAAGGUUUCAGUGAUUCUGCUCUGAGAUCUUGAAGUGUGCAAGUACAGUUAAUGGCCUUUUAUUCUUUGGUGAUUUCAGGGACAACUAUAUGAAUUUGGUCAAA